AUGUUCACCAAAGGACCGCAAAGUUCCUUGUCGUUGGCAAAAGUCAUCUUGAGACGCGCAGAGUCAAGUUUUUCACCACCACCACUCAUACGAAAAUUAAGGAAAAAGGAUUAUAAAAAACUCUUGGCCGCGGAAUUUAGAAAAGAAAAUGCGCGACGCAGAGAGGAAGCUUUGCAAAGAAAGGCUCAAAAGCAGAGGGAAAUGACAAAAGGUCAAGAUCACGAAGUUGCAGACACCGCCAAUUUGGAAGGAUUUGUUGAUCCACCUUUACCAAUAAAAAUGGGAGAUCGGCUACCCGGAUCUAAGAUCAGAAUGUCACCAGAAAAGAAGGCGAGAGACCCCUCGAGUGCGAAAACCAUUUUUAUUGAUGGCAUGAGAAGAACGGUACCAAUAAUAUACCCGCCGAAAACAUCAAAAAGUUAUAAAAACAAUGAUACGAAGAGAUUUAAAGAUGAACUUAAGCUAAAAAGAUUUGAGUAUAAAUUGGAACUAGGAUUGGCAACAACGACAUCUAACAUUGAAUCGAAAGAUCCUGCACCUGGCGUUGAAUAUAGUGGUUCGGGUGUCAAUGUGUCUACGACAAAGACCGACCUGGGGACAUCCAACGAGACAUCCGUUUCCGCAACACCACAAGAUCUUCUGAAGAACCAGCGGAUGUGGAACGAGAGAAUGCGAGCAGAACGCGAAGCUCACUUUAAAAAAUUAAGGGAAACCUCUGGAAUUUUGUCAUUGACUUCAAAUGAACCCUUCAUACCAGAUGGGUACAAAGAUAGAAAACGAGAAAUUGGAUUUGAAAAGUAUAAUGCACUUCAAUCGAUGAAACGUCAAGAUAGACUAAACCAUCUGAUAAGCUUAUAUCAUAGUGCGUCGGAUUUUGUGACGCUGAAUAAUUUGGAUGCGAAGAUCGAAGAGGCAUUCGGCGAUGCAGUCCAUUUCCGGCGAGUUUAUACAAGUACUUUGGAUGACAUGCAGAAGGAUUACCAAGAAAUGGGAGGGAUUAGCGUUGAGGAGGCCAGGAAAAGAUUACUCCAGAUUCAGGAAAUAUUGGAUGGAACAUCUCGCGGGCGUCCAGGAUUAGAUAUGAUCGAAACAUCUGAUUCCUCCGUCGAACAUACCGAGGCGGAAACAAAGGAAGACAAGGGAACGCAGGACGAAAUAUAA